UCACGAGGCUAUUGACCAGAGAUUACAACCUGUGGCUGAAACGUACAACACCUGUUUGAUCACAACCACCUCGGGCUGCCUAUAUUGUGCGAAUGUACUCUAUCUGCUUCUGCGGCGAAGCGCGACCGCUGGCCAGGUAUACCUCAAUCGAUGCUGACGUGAAGGCUCCGAACUGAGAUAAAAGUUACGUUCUGUUCAACGCUGUGCUGGUGUAUGAACGACUGCUUGAAUUGUAAGGCAAGAAGAAGUGUAUCCAUGGGUUUACCUGAGGUCGAUCGUCACAGGUGACUUAGCGAUGGAGACGCUCUUUAACACAGCUUUGCAGUAACACUUCAUUACAGGCUUAUAGUGAGUGUGUGCCUCCCAAUCGCUUCUCGUAUGAAAUAGACCACCGGCUUUUGUGGCAGUACAAACAUUCGUGUCGUGCAAGCGGGAAACCAACAUGGCGGUCUGCCGUUGCAUACAUGUUGUUUGUGCCUUGUUGAUGUUUAGAAGUGUUAUUGCGGCAACAACAGCAUCGUCGAACACCACAACCAAUGUGACCACUGUGACUACAGCCUUAAACUCCACGACUGUGACUACAGCGACGACAGCUGAUGCUGGAACAUGUGAGUUUUUCCUCACGAAUUCUAAAACUCGCGAUGAGCUGAGCGAGGCUUUGAAAAGUGGAAUCAGAAUGAUAAAGUAUAACGUGAGAUUCAAAAGAUAUCCUGCUGACAUUUUACUUGCUAAAGGAGGUGAUCUAUUUCGACCGAACCUAUGGAUACGAUCUACUUCAAGACAAGGACAAAGCUUGUUGAUGUUGGACGACAACUUUGAGAUGUUGUCAUUGUCGUUGCUCGGAAUAGGAGUUGUGUUGAUGAACGUUGAGCUUGAUGAGAAGCCAUCUGGAUGUAUGAAUCAACUGACAUCAGUGGAACGAGAGAACAUGACGAGGUACAUGGUAUUUAAUGACUUCAAGUUACCUGGCCCAGGUGAGAAGAGUGAAAGUCUAAGCAAAGGGGAGCGAAUAUGCAACAUGAGAAUAGUCCCAAUCGACGACACGGCUAAUUUUGUGUACCACUGUUGCCAUAUAGAUCCAGACGGUCAGGAAAUAUGUGAAGAUGUUCACCGCGAUGUAUGGAUUAACGUCCUUCUGAUAUGCAUCAUCCUGAUCAAGGUCUUGGUCGUUCUGUACAGUCCGCUGUUUGUCCCAGACACCUUCUACAGGAAAAAGUUCACAGCCACAGAAUAUGUUUACAAUAUUCCUCAAGAUAAGAAGAAAAAGAAAAUUAAAAUUGUGAAGACGAUGUACCCAGGCUCGUACACCAGUGAAAACCCACCGAUCAGGCUGGAGGAACUCGAGGGGCUUGAAUACAUGAAGCUUUCACUCAACAGUCUACAGGUUGACAAAAUAUACGACCUAAAGCUCCAUCGUAUUCAACUCUUAGUGAAGGCAAGGAAACUGUUAUCAGAAACCUACGUCCCUGUGUCUGUUACGAAAAUGAUAUAUGAGAAUAUAUUCCGCUGCAAGAUGAGGAACCUACCAUCCCUCAAACCUUGUUGUGAUACUGGAAUUUGUGGUGUCAUUGACGUGGGCUGCAAGGUGUUAACCUGGUUCAGAUGUUUGAGAAUAUUUGCCAAAAUGAUCCUCAUUGGCCUCCUGGCCGUCCCCUGGAUUAUUCGCCUUGUUAUGUAUUUCACAUACGAAGCUGUUAUAGUGGAGGAGAAAAACGCAGCAGCGGACCGUUUUCAAACGGGUAUGCACUUCCAUGGCAGUUUCACACUGUACCUAACCCCACUCCAUGGGCUGUUUGUUGCUAUUUACAUCAUAGUUUCCAUUGAUUCUUUUGCGUAUGGACUCCUUGGAAAAACAAUGAAAAAUCGAUUCAAGUUUAUUCUGAGAAAAUGUCUGCGGGACAUGCGGGAAAGAUCUCGUUUAUCUGCUUAUGGAUGGGCAGUUGCUCUUGCUCUCCUCCCUUUUAAGAGAUUUGGAUUGGUUGGUUUUUUCCUAGUGCCCCUUUAUUGGAUCAUUCUCCUGCCUAUAAUGAUCCCCAUCCUGGCCUUCUACACUUUUCCAGCUCUUAAUCUCAGCAUCAGGCUCAUCAUUCAUCUCUUUCUCUUCAUGUGUCCUAACAAAGUCUUGGAUCGCUUCAACAAGAUGUCAGAGAACAUGGCUAAUGUUAAAAAUAAUCUCAACCUGAAGGACAUUGGUGAUGAAGAGGAGUUCCAGGGAAAGGAAAAUAUGUCCAAGAAAGAAGUCUGUAUUCAACUUUGUAUCAUUAUCAUGUGUCUCACAUCCUUCUGGUCCCUUACAUUCCUGUUGAUGGAGUGCCUGUCUUUCUUUGUGGAAGUUGGAGUGUACACUCUAAUGGGCAUCAUUGUCAAUGCUGGAGCUACCCUCCAGUAUGUCACCGUCAUCUUCCUAAUAGGGAUGUAUGCUAAAAACGCCUUCGGUGGAGUUCAUGCAAAGUAUCUGGCCUACCACAAGAUCAUCAGAGGCCAGUUGCUCGGCAGGAAACAAGAUGAAAUGAAGAAAACAGCCAGACAGGAAGCUGACGUCCAGGAAAACAGUGUCUUCCGUGUCCAGAGUUCAUAUAAUGCUGCUGACAAUACUUCAGGGAUAGGAAUCGAAGUGAAAGAUGGAAGCCUAAGAUGGAAGACUGAAGGUCUGUUGGUGUUCCUAAGCAGCAUGGAUCAGCCUUUUACACCAGAAAAGUUCUUCUUUGAGACCAUAAACAUGAACUAUUGUGGAUGCCCUGGAAAGUUAUGGCAGAACACUGUUAAUGCUUUCUACAACUUCAUGAAGAUCAUGGUGUUUCUGUUCUUUGUGGUAAUUGUUGUGCUUGCUUUUGGAAACCAAUUCUCCACAACCAACCAAAUGUUGGCAACUUUGGCCGGAGGAUUUGUGCCUUUUGUUUUCAGGAAUUUCUUCAUGAAAGGAGGUGCUUCCUUUACAGUUGACACCGGAAGUAUUCAAUUCGUGACCGAAUUUGAAAGAACCAUUGCCGCUUUUACUCAGAAGUGGUUUGUAUCUGACAUCAUACCAGCAUCCAUCACGGAAGCUGGAGUGCCACUUGAAUCUGCAGAUGAAGUCAAGCCAGAGGAAAAGGAAGGAAGAGGUGAUGAGAGCGAAAUAGUGAAUGCAGAUAACAACAACGCUGAAAAUAAAGACACCAUCCCCCUCGUUGAGACCAAUGUGACCAAUGAGGCAAAUGACAUUAGACUUGAGAUUGAAUCUGAUGACUCGGAGAUGGAUGAAACUAAGGUAGAUUUAAUCAUUGAUAUAGCCAGGUUUGACAAAUUAAACCGUCGUAUUGGCAUGGAAGGGUCACUGGUGAAUGUAGGCUCCUUGUCAAUGUUGGCAGAUGGUAAUGCUUCGAUAUACAGAUCUCCACGACAGACAAAUGCACUUGUUGUGUAGUCUUCCAUUUAAAAGAAUCUUCUAAACACCUAGUGUCAACACUGAUUUUCAGGACCCGGCUUUACUUCCUUCGUCGACAGGAUUUAUCAUGAAUUGCACAAGUUUAGUCACGAUAUGGCUGCAAUACUGUCGCUGUGACUAUAAACUCACUCAAUGACGUUCUGUAUUUAAUGAUCUGUUAUGUACUGAUGACUUAAAUAAGGAAAUGUACACCAAUACCACUGAAAAAAAAGUGGUUGUUGUUAUACUCAUUAAGACUGAUUCAGAUCUAAAACUACGUCCCUGUGUUAUAUGUUUUUAAUGUGAAAAAUAUUACGUUAUUACUAUAGUAUGUUCAUAACAUAGCCAAAUAAUUUCUAGCGAACACAUGUAUGACUUCAGAUCCGUUUCCUUAUAUAAUUCCACCAGUGCGUCAGGAAUGGCAUGUAAAACAUUGUCGACGUAAAUAACAAAUGCUCUUAUGUAGUAUGUAGGUUUAACUGCAUUGACAUGACCAAGAACUCAAGUAACACGAUAGGUCUUUUUGUAUCUUGUAACAUGAUCUGCGAAGAUAUAGAUCUUACUAGUACAGGCUUUUAUUAUAUCUGAGCACUGCCUAUAGUGCGUUAACACGCACAUUCCCUACUUAUCAAAUUCGUCUUUAUUCUUACAUUAUUUUUACACUGAUUGUAUAUAAUAUGUGCUGAUAGGUUCACGUGGUGGUAUUGAAUUCGCAUGUAUAGGUUUAGUUACUAUUAGCGCGUGCAAACCACUUAGAAAUGCAUUGAAUUCACGUGUGCUUGAAAUUGCAAUAUAGAAUGAAAAACAGCUCUGAGCAGGUGGAAUUAUGAAACUGACCAUAAACAACUUUCAAAUCUGGAAUUAUUCUAACACGGAAAUGUGUGGCAUUUUUAUUAAGUAAACCACCUGUGGCAGCAAGAUGUUAGUUAUGAAGUCGUUCAUAGUCAACUUUGAAUUCUGGAUUGAUCAUAAAAAAUAGAACAUUUGACUCGAUUUUACUAUACAGGAGAAUAACAGCUGUAAUACCACGAUACCAUAGUAUCUGUCACUGCAUAUAUAACAUGCUAUAUUACUAUGUAAAGCAUACAGCGCAUGUGUCUCUUCAGAUCAAUAAAACCAUAUUGGCAAUCAUUCAUACUGCACACAAUAGCUCGAACGUUAACUCAGGUAAACGCAUUUGUAAUGAAAUAUUGGCAUGAACUGCGAUCCAUAAAUAUUCACAUCAAAGCUAUAUAUGUCAAGAGCAGUUUGGUAUUUGCGAGUAGACGUUGUCUAGCUGAAGUACUAUAUUGAGUGUCAUGUCCGAUAUGGCCUUCACUGAUAUACUAUACUCAGUAUCACACUUGUCCAUCAGUAUGUGGACUGUUCAGUGUGAAAUUGUUGUAUAUUACAUAACCAGCUGGUGUAUAACCUUGGAAAUAAUCACGUUGUAUCAUGUAAUGACACUUAUCAUAACCAUGGAAGUGACAUCAUAAAUGAAUAUUGAUGAAUCACCGUGAGGCAGAAGGUACAUGUAUAUGUUCUGCCGUUAAAGUAAGUCUUCGUGUAAAAAUAGUCCUUUGUUGCCUUGGUUCAAAUUUACGGGGGUGACCUAGUGGUUAGAGGGUUCGCUCGUCACUCCGAAGACCCGGGUUCGAUUCCCCGCAUGGACACAAUGUGUGGAGCCAAUUUCUGGUAUCCCUGCCGUGAUACCAGAAAUUAUUUUAAAUAAUUAUUAUUUAAUAUAUUUUUUCACAAUUGUCAGACAUUGUCCAUGUAUUUUGGCCAAGGUGACUUUUAAUAUAUUUUUCACAACAGUCAGACUUUGUCAAUGUAUUCUGGACCUGGUAAGAUCUUAAAUAUAUUUUCCACAAUUGUCAGACUUUGUCCAUGUAUUUUGGCCAAGGUGAGACCUUUAAUAAAUUUUUCAGAAUUGUCCGAUUCUGUCAAUGUAUUCUGGCCCUUGUGUGUCCUAAUAUAUUUUUCACACUUGUCAGAUUUUGUCAAUGUAUAUUGGCCAAGUUGAGACUUUUAAUAUAUGUUUCAAAAUUGUCAGACUUUGUCCAUGUAUUUUGGCCAAGGUGUGACCUUAAUAUAUCUUCCACAACUGUCUCAUUCUGUCCAGUCAUGCUUGAUAAAACAUGUGCAUGUCUCGAAAACAUUAUGUCUGUCCUUCAGCUUGUAUAAUCUACUUAUAUGCUGGAGACUGAGAGACGCCACGUGAAUAACAUUACGUGUGAUCACAGUGAUUGUCAGAUGAGCAUUUCUGUCAUCUCCAACUCUACCUUCUGAAAAAUUGACGCACCGAAUGACACAACACAUGAGACCUUCAAAUACGCUGACAUGUUAAUUGAAACUCGCGUCUAUACAUCUACCAUUAUUAUUUUAAUAUUCACAUAUUUGCUUGUGUAAUGUAAAUAUAUUGCAUGUUCUUUACCUUAUGAAAUAGGCUACGCAUAUUCGUGAAAUCCAAUGGGUACAAAGCACCCAAUGCUAUACAAUGCACCUAAGUUACAGACUGGGGUAAAAUCAACUGCCCUAUUGACAUCUUCGUCUUGGUGUGGCCUCCACCAGGUUUCGACUUUUAUACUGCGUGUUCAUGUAAAUGCAUAACUAUUCAUGAAAGCAGGCAUAUGGUGCUAUGAACUGGCCAAAUCAAAUGUCCUUUAAGCAUUAUCAAUUGAUGUUUAGUAUUGCAUGUAUGGACUGGCAGCACGCGGGAGUCGAUCAGUAUUUUCAUAUCGUUGUUGAGGAUGAACAGCGUGUUUGACAGAACUGAAUAUGUGUGGACAGCAUGAUUGUUUAUAUACUUACUAUAUUUUAAACAUUUUAUAAUAUUCGCCAAACUACGAUGCUCAUAUUGUUGUAUGUGUUAGUAACAUGAUAUAAACAUAUUGUACACUGAAGAGCAAAGGAAAGUUUCCACCCAUGUUUCAUGACUGAAGCAAAACAAAACUGAUUCUUCUGAGGUAAUGUGUACACAAAGAACUUAAUUAAGCAACCCCUGUAUUUUUGCAAUGAUAGGUUUUCAACACGUACAUAAAACUACUCGUGGUCACCACGAUGGAAAAACAUGAGUUUUUCUGACCCGCAUGAUCCCUUGACUCAUAAAACACGACAGAAUGAUUGGAAUCAAUGUUGAUUUUAUGAUGACAAUUGCUCAUUUUAAAAGACAAAAAUGAUUUUCAUACAAAACGAUAUUUGUACAUGGGUGGUCCUGGAAUGUUUAAUGUUGAAUUUAUUGGCGAAUGUGAACAUUGAAAAUGUCAUUUUUGCGUCUCUCACACGAUUCAAUGUCAAUAGCAAGUGUAACCACCACGUGACUGUAUGACAGCCAGCACUCUCCUCCUCAUACCCCCUGUCAGCCUCCUGAUCCUCUGAAGGGGCAAUCUACGCCAUGCCUCGUGUAAAGCAGCUUCCAACUGGGCCAGGUUCUGUACAGGAGAAUCCCUUUGUUGCACACGACGACCAAUCAUGUCCCAGAUAUGCUCCAAAUAUACGAUCUUGGCUCAUACCAUCGUGAGAUAUGUCAAGGGGUGCUCAACUAAGUUCUUUGUGUAUAUUUGAUACGGGUAUUAUAGUUGCAUUAUUGGCAGAAUAUUUUCUGUGUCAGAGCCUACUAACGUAUGUAAUAUGGUUGUAUUUGUGGUCAUAUUUAAUCAUUCAGGAUAUACUUCCCUUUGCUCGACAGUAUAUUUUCAUGAAACGUCUUUGUAGUUUGAAUUUGGUUUCCUGAGUGGAACCAACUCCUAUAUUUCAAUCAAAUACAUGUAACAUGAUGUUUUACACACAGGAAUUUGUAACACAAACACUCACAUCAAGGUAUUUGAUUGCCACUGACGGGGCUCUUGGCACUGUAGAAAAGCCCUUGUCCAUCAACAAGUGCUAGGAUCCCGUCAGUGACAACUACAUAUACAUAGCUUGAUGCCAUGCUUUUGCGAUACACGCCCCUGUCGCUUUACCCUGUCCUCGUCCGUUUCUUUGAAAUGUUCAUGACAUAACACUUUUAGCAACAGUUUGUUUUCAAUUUGAAAAAGCGGUAAAACUGGUUCUAUAGUAAGAAGACAUCUCCGCUGUAUAGCGAGUCCAUUAUAUGAUUACGACUGUAUCAUGAGCAUGUCCCGGAACCGUCAAGUGGUGACGGAGACAUGUUGUUUUGAUUCCGACAUGACACAAGUGGUCGCGAAUACUUGGUAUUGUGAAAAUCACUAGUAUUGUGUAAAGUGUAAAUAUGGUAUUGUUUAUUCUGCUUUUCAGUAUAUAUUAUUUUCAUAUUAGCUAAAGAAACAUUCUUUUUGUUAUGGUGAAAUAACAUUUGUAUGUCCGAGAACAGAAAUGAAUGUAAAACAGUUGGCUUUGUUAGGACUACAAUCCAUCACGCACAGGUCAUGUUGCUCGUUUGUCAUUCCUGAUAUGAUAUGCGUUACAACAGAUAGUAUAGAUUACACCUAGGGACAACUGGUGUUGUUUGGGCAUAUUGUACAUAUAGAUGUGUUGUUGCUUGUUAUUUAACUAAUCUCAUCAUGCCAACAGUUUAUUUACAGAAAGAGUAUUUCCCAUCUAUUUUCAAAUUGAAAGUACUUUCAUAUGCUAUUUACAUUCCUAUGCAAACACGUUAGAAAUAAACCUGUUUGAAAUGA